GGAAGUGCACUGCGUUCCUUAGCAACGAGCGUUUCCUGGAGCCCCGCCUUCCUCUGCCACACACCCCCGCUCUAGCCCCGCCUCCCGAUGACGUCCACACCCUCCUUUCCGGGCGCCUAGCAACAGAAGCGACCUCUGGGAUUGGUGUCUAGAAGAAAUUCGCGAUUCUCAUUGGACGAUGCAGUCACCGCCCAUACUGGAGCCCAGAAAGCAAAUCUUUUUGCUGUAUUAUUAUUAUUACUUAUUAUUUUUUAAAAUUUUUUGUUGAGACAGGGUCUUGAUCUCUCACCCAGGAUGGAGUGCAGUGGCAGGAUCUCGGGUCCCUGCAACCUCUGUCUCCUGGGCUCUAGAGAUCCUCCCACUUCAGCCUCCUAAACUGGGAUUACAGGCAUGCACCAUCACAUCCGGCUAAUUUUUGUAUUUUUUGUGAAGACGGGGGAGGGUUGAGGGGGCGGCGGGUCUUGCCAUGAUGCCCAGACUGGUCUCGAACUCCUGAGCUCAAGCGAUCCGCCUGCCUUGGCCUCCCCAAGUGCUGGAACUACAGGCGUGAGCCACCGCGCUGGGCUAGGACAGCAAAUCUGAGUGAAUUUUCAUAGUUUCGUAGGGAACCUGGAUCCUACGCAACAGGAUCUUCUCCAACAGCUCAGGCGGCUGCACUCUUCUCUCUGUCCCCCUGCCACACACACACACACACGAAAACAUUUCAGAGCCGGGCGCGGUGGCUCACGCCUGUAAUCCCAGCACUUUGGGAGGCCGAGGCGGUUGGAUCACGAGGUCAAGAGAUCGAGACCAUCCUGGUCAACUUGGUGAAACCCCGUCUCUACUAAAAAUACAAAAGAUUAGCUGGGCAUGGUGGCGAGUGCCUGUAAUCCCAGCUACUCAGGAGGCUGAGGCAGGAGAAUUGCCUGAACCCAGGAGGCGGAGGUUGCGGUGAGCCGAGAUCGCGCCAUUGCACUCCAGCCUGGGCAACAAGAGCGAAACUCCAUCUCAAAAAAAAAAAAAAAAAGAAAAGAAAAGAAAAAGAAAACAUUCUCAGAUCUCUCUCAGCCUCAUGCCUGAGGCCAAAAGAGAAGGAUUCAGAGUCCUAAAUAAAACACAAAGCAUAUGCCCAAACCCCCCCCCCACACACACACACAUGGGCACACCCCAUCCUAGAAUGCUUCCACAAAAGCCUCAGUUUCCCAAUAUGUGGCCUGUAAGCAUUUGUCUUUUACUAUGCCCGCUAUGGCUGCUGACAGGCAUCCCUCUGUUCGUUCGGUCCCUUGGAGACCCAAGGAUGCAGCCUUGGGUGAGGUUGCAGCUGGAGGCAGCCCAAACAUACAGGGAGUGUGAGCCAAGCACAUGAAGAGAAGGGAAGGGAGACAAAGCACCUGGCACCCAAAGAACCAGCCUGGACAUGCUGCAUGCCCCAAGGGUGAAUGUGGGUCUGGACCCGCCCCUCCUCAGCUUCCUAUAAAAGCUAGGGACUGAGUACUGCUGGUACACACACCAUGAGGCCCUCCAGGAGACCAGGAACCUUUCUGCUGGCCUUCGUGCUGCUCUGCACCCUCCUGGGUCUUGGGUACCCAUUACGCUGUGAAGUCUGUAAGGCAACCGGGAGCAGCUGCCAUGGCAAAAUGAAGACCUGCAGGAGAGACCAGAACUCAUGCAUGAUCCUGGUGGGGAAGGCUACUUCGAAGGGCAAGGAGUGGGUGCACACCUACAAAGGCUGCACCAGGUCCCAGGACUGCUACUCCGGUAUCGUAUCCACCACCAUGGGCCCCCAGGACUACUUGGCAACCAACUCCUUCUGCUGCCAGAGCGACAACUGCAACAGUGGCUUUUUGUCGGUUCCCUUGACCAAUCGUACUGAGAAUGGCCUGAUGUGCCCCGCCUGCACUUCGGUCUUCAAGGACAAAUGCAUGGGGCCCAUGACCCGCUGUGCUGGCAAGGAAAACUACUGCGUCGCCUUAUCUGGACAUGUGCAAGCUGGUGUCUUCAAACCCAGAUUUGCCAUGCGGGGCUGUGCUACACAGAGUAUGUGCUACGCCAAUCCAGGUGCUGAAGUGCCCACAGCCUCCCACGUCCUCGUCCUCAGCCGAACAGAGUGCAGUAAAGCCGCCACGCCAGAGGCCUGGAGAGCUCACUGAACCGAGGAAGAUAUAAGUGGCCUGAAGUCCCCAUUUGUCCUGAGCCUUGUAGCUCCCUAUGUCUAUAAAUUAAAGUUCUUAGACCAA